CUGGUUAAAUGUGGGUUUCAUGAUACUUUAAAGAGUUAUUCAAUUUUAGGUAUUAAAUGAAACUGGAUUGAACAACACGUUUGUAUUUCAGGCACACGUUGUGUGUCUUGCUAAAUAUCUUAACUGCGCGCGUCUCCCGUGCGUACUGUGGAAACUCUGAAACGCCCCCAAACGCGCCAGCAGCUCUCCAACUUGGGUUCGCCUUGCGCUACCUCUCGGAGUAUUUUUUUACCAAAAUACCAUCAAAUCAUGAGCACGUAGAAAAACUGAAACUUUCUUUGAAACUUUUAAAAUGUCUAUUCGAAUCAGGGCUGGAUUUUGUCGCCAGGAGAUAAACAGGACCGUUUGGGACGUACCGGAGAGACACAGAGAUCUCAUCCAAAUAGGAACCGGUGCAUACGGGACGGUUUGUUCAGCCAUUGAUCGUAAGACUGGAGUGCGUGUGGCCAUCAAGAAGCUCCAUCGACCAUUUCAGUCCAGACUGUUUGCCAAACGUGCUUACAGAGAGCUGCGACUCCUCAAACAUAUGAAACAUGAGAACGUUAUUGGGCUACUGGAUGUUUUUACAUCAGAAAUCUUGUUGGACAGAUUUCAGGACUUUUAUCUUGUGAUGCCGUAUAUGGGCACGGAUCUGGGAAAACUGAUGAAGAUGGAGAGACUGUCAGAGGACAGGAUACAGUUUUUGGUCUAUCAAAUAUUGAGGGGACUGAAGUACAUUCAUUCAGCCGGGAUCAUUCACAGGGAUCUAAAACCGGGAAAUUUGGCAGUAAACCAGGAUUGUGAGCUAAAGAUCCUUGACUUUGGACUUGCACGACAGGCAGAUUCCGAAAUGACGGGUUAUGUUGUGACUCGCUGGUACAGAGCACCUGAGGUUAUCCUCAACUGGAUGCACUACUCACAAACAGUUGACAUCUGGUCAGUCGGCUGCAUCAUGGCAGAGAUGUUACUGGGAAGGCCACUUUUCAAAGGAAAUGACCAUCUGGACCAGCUCAGAGAAAUCAUGAAAAUUACCGGCACGCCAGCGCAGGAUUUUAUUAUGAAACUACAAAGCCAAGACGCCAAAAACUACAUUAGAGGUUUACCUAAAGUACCAAAGAAAGACUUGAACACAAUUUUCUUUAAAGCUAGCUCAGAAGAAAUGUUUUGUGUCUUGUCAGCGGUGGGUGCUCUAGAUCGAAUGCUGGUUCUAGAUCCAGAAAAACGUGUCAGUGCAGCAGAAGCUCUUGAGCUCCCCCUGUUCACCGAGUUCAGAGAACCCGAGGAAGAGACGGAGGCGUUGCCAUACGACCACUCCAUGGAUAACAUGGAGCUGCCCUUGGACCAAUGGAAACGUCACACGUUUACAGAAAUCCUGUCGUUUCAACCACCCAUCACAGAGAUCAGAGACUCCAAAGAAACAUGUGUUUGAGUGGACACACAUACAAGACUGAGAGCUAAAUAAUGCAGCACUAUCUGGGCAUGUGUGUGAGAGAAAGAGAACAGAAAUGAAAGGAAAGAACAAGAGCUUUAAGACUUUUUGAUACAAUGUUGCUCAGUAACGAUAGUUACAAAGUCAAAUUAAUCUUAAGAGAUUUAAAUAGGCAAAUGUUUUACCUAUCAAACAAAGAGGCCACUGUACUGUGCACAAUAUACUGUGAUGUUUUAGGUGUGUCGGUAUUAUUGUUUUAUUUACUAUGCAGUUCAUUUAUGCAAUAGAUUGUAAAUAAUGUCUAGCACAUUUUGUAUUAAUUAAAACAUAUAAUGAGAGUCUCAUGUU